AUGCCUUCCAAGGGUUGUGCAGUGGCCAUCGCCGGCGUGGGUGCUUACGCCGCCGCCCAGGCUUUCGUGGCCCCGACUGCCCCACAGGUGCAAGAGCAGCGCGAGGUGCGCCAGCUGAGGCAGCAGGCCACCGCAAGCGUGACCUCCACCACUUCCUCAGCGGCUGCACUUGCUCUGGGCGCAGCUGGCGUCGCAGCCGCCGCCGCUCAGGCCGGCAAGCGAACUCAGCGCCGAUGCCAGGUCGUCCGCCAGGCCACGGCGGUUGCUGAGAAGACCUUCACCAAGAUGCCGGCAUCCGUGAAACCCGGCGUCGUCACCGGUCAGGCUUUGGUGGACCUGCUGAACUACGCCAAGGAGAACGAGUUCGCGAUUCCGGGAGUGAACGUGGUGAGCAGCAGCUCCGUCAACGCGUGCAUGGAGGCCGCCAAGAAGGCCGGUGGUCCCAUUAUGGUCACUUUUUCAAAAGGAGGCGGCCAGUUCAUCGCCGGAAAGGCCGCUGACAACUCAGACGAUGCCGCCUCCAUCGCGGGCACCGUGGCUGGCGCCCUGCAUGUUCGCCAGGUGGCCAAGCUCUACGGCGUGCCUGUGAUCCUGCACACUGACCACUGCCAGAAGGCUUGGCUUCCUUGGUUCGACGGACUCAUGGAGGCCAACGAGGAGUAUUUCGAGAAGAACGGAGAGCCCUUGUUCUCCUCCCACAUGUUGGAUCUGUCCGAGGAGCCUUUGGAGGAGAACAUCUCCAUCUGCAAGAAGUAUUUGGAGCGCAUGUCGAAGGUGGAUCUUCUCUUGGAGAUGGAGCUGGGCGUGACUGGCGGUGAGGAAGACGGAGUGGACAACACCGAUGUGGACUCCUCCAGGCUUUACACCCAGCCUGAGGAGGUGUGGCAGGUCUACGAGACCCUGUCUGCCGUGCCCAACGGCAGGUUCACCGUGGCGGCAGCCUUCGGCAAUGUCCACGGUGUCUAUGCCCCUGGCAACGUGAGCCUGAAGCCAGUGAUCCUGCACAACACCCAGAAGUUCAUCAAGGAGAAGCUUGGCACCGACGACGACAAGCCGGUGUCUUUCGUGUUCCACGGAGGCUCAGGCUCUUCCUUGGAGGACAUCCGCUAUGCCAUCGAGGCUGGCGUCAUCAAGAUGAACAUCGACACCGACACUCAGUGGGCCUUCUGGGACGGCAUGAACGAGUACCAGAAGAAGAACAAGGACUACCUCCAAGGCCAGAUCGGCAACCCUGAGGGACCAGAGAAGCCCAACAAGAAGUACUACGAUCCUCGCAUGUCCCUCCGAGCGGGUGAGGAGUCGAUGGCAGACCGCUUGGUGAAGUGCAUGGAGGACUUGAAGUGCAUCGACCGUCUGUAG